UAGGUUCGCCCGUCGCACCAUAAUGUCACCACUACUGUUUUCUCCUGACUUGAAGCGGUGGCUGUGCCUUUAAGUCUUCACUCAGGGACCAAAAACACAAACUCAACCUUUUGUUUCGUCAUAAAGACGCGACAGGCCUCUGAGUGCAGAUCUGGAAAUGGGCGAGUCGUCGUGGAAGGCCGCAGAAUUUAAAGUAUCCAAAGAAUAAGAGAUGGGUUUCAUUGCCGCCUGGAGGGUCUGAUUCCCGGGUUUCUGUCGCCUCGCAGCUCCCACCGCGUCCUUGUUUGUCUGCAGGCGGAUGUUGAGGAGCGGAGUGUCGCAUCUUCUGUUUUUUCCUCUGCAGCGUCUUGCUCACAGCUCGGUAAACAGAUGUAACCGGAUCAAUUCAUGCCCUCACACAUUUCAGCUACAAGAACCUGCGCAGUAUAAAGCCUUCAAACAUCAGAACAGCGGAUACAUCGCAGCCAAUGACAUCCCGGAGGACAGAGUACGCAGCUAGCAUGGACACCUCUGCAUCCAGCGCGGGGAGCCGCAAGCAGAGCAUCAUCAACAUCCCCGACAGGAUGGAGCCCUGCUACGACCGCAAAGCGGACACCAAGGGCGGGUACGGAGCCUCUCAGGGCGGCGGCGUGACGGUAACCUCGCUGAAAUCCCGCCUGGCCCCGACGAUCCAGACCGCCAUGUCCGCCGCCGUGGACACGCUGCUGGGAGAGGUGGUGGUCGUGCUGAACGAGACCCAGCAGGAGCUGCUGCACAAGGAGCAGGAGAACCAGAGGCUCAAGGUGCGGCUGGAGGUCUCCGAGAGGGAGCUGAAGACCCUGCAGGAAUGUCUGUGCAGCGCCCAGAAGCUCAUAGACCAGCUGCAGGUCUCCUACACGGGCCCCCAGCAGAUCGGCCAGUCGGUGUUUGGCCCCUCACUCUCUUCCAUGGCUUCUCUGACCCCAGGCUUGGACCGAGACCACCAGAACCCCAGGAACGUGAACGGAGCAGGCGUGGUUCUGGGUCUGGGCGGCUCCGUGGAUGAAUCUCUUCAUGGCUUCGAGCCGAGAGAUGAAUACAAAAUGUGCCAGCUUUCGAUCCAGCCGGACGGCUCCGUGACGAACCACACUCUGGACUCGUUUUCCUCCAGCUCCUCUCACAUGUGCUCAGACACCAGAGGAACGGAUGAGCGACAGCCUCAGGGUCCCAGUGGAGGAUCCAGAUUUGAGAUAAAAGAGGAGCAGGGGCCACCGUCAGGUUCUGGUCAGCCCAAUAGGAAGGACAGCCAGGUUGGGGACGGAGACGGCUCGUCCCUUAAUGUGGGGGACAUUGCUUACGGUCAGGUUGGAGGUGAAGGAGGAACUCUGCGUUCUUUCUCCAACCAGCUACGUCACCAAAGACUCAUGCGUGAGUGUGGCAGUGCCUUGCAGCAGCAGCAGGGAAGUCUUGAUGGACAAAAACCUUUGUCAAGGACUUUUGGAGCAAGUAGAGGUGACACCGUUUCACCAGGCAGAGCCGAGGACCCUGCGGGGCCAUCGGCCCCCGACACCUCUGGGGAGCCCUCGGCGGACCGGCCUCAUCACUGCUUGGAGUGCGGCAAGACCUUCCGUCUGAUCUCCAGCCUGAAGAAGCACAUCCGCAUCCACACGGGCGAGAAGCCGUACCCGUGCGCGGUGUGUGGCCGCCGCUUCCGAGAGUCCGGGGCGCUCAAAACGCACCUGCGCAUUCACACCGGCGAGAAGCCCUACUCGUGCUCCGAAUGCGGCAACUGCUUCCGCCACCUGGACGGUCUGCGCAAGCACCGGCGCACGCACACGGGCGAGAAGCCCUACGUGUGCGCCAUCUGCGGGAAGCGCCUGAGUCGCCUGCAGCACCUCAAGCACCACCAGCUCAUCCACACCGGGGAGAGGCCCUGCUGCUGCCCCUUCUGCAACCGCACCUUCAAGGAGCCCGCGGCGCUGCGCAAGCAUGCCCGGACGCACCGCGACGAGGGCGGCCACAUGGGCAUCGGCCCCAGCGAGGAGACGGACCCAGACGCCAUGGACGACAUCAAUAGCCUCCAUCCCGCGGCUCCCUCUCCUCAGAUGCGGUUCGGGGAAUGGGGGGCGGAGGAGGAGGAGGACGGCUCGGUUGCAGACUGUGUUUAGGGCUGAGCGGAGACUUUUUUUUUUGUUUUGUUUGUUUGUCUUUGAAAUACAAACAAAGCAUGACAGAUAACACCAACGCAUUUCUGUUCCAGACUACCACUUUGACACCCUAAAAUUUCAUUUUUAUGUAUUUUAUUUUAAAAUGUCAACUUUUCCAAAGCCUUCUGUUUGAGUAGUUCAAACAAAGUUGUCGUUUCUACACACAAAUACUCUAAAAAUGUUCCUGCUAGCAGAAAUGGAACCACCAGAUGGGUUCAUGGAGGAGACAAAACAUCAUAAAUCAACUUUUGAUGUCACCUUUAAAAGUAAUCAGUUUUCACAAAACUGCAUGUCUUUAACAAAACCAAAUUUAGAAAUGUUGGAACUGGCAUGAAUUAACUUCAAGAUUCGAUUUAAGGUCAAAAGAGAACUAGAGGUCGACUGUGUCAUAUUUCACCCACAUAUUUAUAUUGAUUUUAAGGAAAUUAUGAAGUUUCAAAUAUGCUUAUAGGUCAAAUGUUUGCCUACACUUGUCAUGGGCAUAAUAAUAAUUAUUUUUUGCCUUUUUAUCUAUUCUCAAAAUUUCAAAAGGAAUCUUUUUCCUGCUGAAACUUCCCACCAUUUGUUGAUUUAAUUAUAAUCAGGAGGUAGAACUCAUUAUUAUUACUGGAUAAUGAAUCAGUAAUAUAUAUUACGAUCGGCAUGUGGUCAAAAUCAAUAGAUGAGUCUCCUAGAUGUUAAAUAAUUUCACUGCACUGCAUUCUGGGAGAUGUAGGCAGAGGAAAAGCUUUAACUUCUCAGGGUUAUUUGUGGGAUCAACAGCUCAGGCACUCUUUGGUUAUUUAGCAACUCACGCACUCUUUGGUUACUUAGCAACUCAAGCACUCUUUGGUUACUUAGCAACUCACGCACUCUUUGGUUACUUAGCAACUCAGGCACUCUUUGGUUACUUAGCAACUCACGCACUCUUUGGUUACUCAGCAACUCACGCACUCUUUGGUUACUCAGCAACUGACGCACUCUUUGGUUACUUAGCAACUCACGCACUCUUUGGUUACUUAGCAACUCACGCACUCUUUGGUUACUUAGCAACUCACGCACUCUUUGGUUACUUAGCAACAAAUAUCAGCAGUUUCAAGUCAGAACUUCUUAAAAAUACCUAAAAAAAUACGACAAAGUGAAGGGAAAACAUGAGUACAACAGCUUGAGAGGAAAUUAUGGAUGGAACAAGAAAGGAUUUGUUCUAGUGUUUUUAUGUUUGACUCCUCCACACACCAUUUGUGUAACUGUGUACAGAUAUUUGUCUCAUUUUACCUUUAGAACUGUUUCUCCAGGAGUUUCCAGGUCGUGGCAGUCUCGAGUGUCUGGAAGAUCCCAACCAAUCAGUGUUGGUUAAAACCUGGACGUAAUUUGGCGUUUCAGCAGGAGAAGGACUCUAAACACAUCCCAUUUGGUUUUAGAUCGGAUUCCUCUGUGUGUGUCUCUCUGUGGAACAAAUCUUUCUCCAGUCUGUAGCCAUCCACCUCAGAAAUUUAUCUACUUUUUGCUUUUGAAUCACUGUUUGGGGUUAUUGAACAUGUCUUAGUAUUUAAGGAAUAUAAACUGAGACAAUAUGAAAAGGAUUUGCAAUCCAGACCAGCCUCCAUGUCUUUGUUUUUAAAGAUGAGAACGAAGACAUGGACAAAAAUCUGUAACAUGGAUUUUUAUUACCUAAAUAAUUGAAACAAUACAGAAAAACAUAUAUCAACACACGCCCACACCCAGUUCGAACCCAUUGUUUUAAUCAUCUUUAUAACUCACUCCAGGCAUUUUUUAAGCGUCUUGCCACUAUUUCAACAAAGCCUUUCUGUUCUAGGAUUAGUUUCACUGUUAUCAGCUGGUUCUUCACCUCCUCUCACCUGUUCUAAAUGUUUCUGUAUAUAGAUAAAAUGAGCUUUGUUUGGUUUUUACUGGGUCUCUUUUUGUAGAUAAAGGUUCUCGUGCAACAAUGACGUAAAACUGUAACGUGAUUUAUGAUUUUAGGACGUCAAAAUGUGAUGUAAGUACUUGACCUUUGAGCGUUUUCAUAAAGGCUGUUGGGGCACUAAGCUUUGAGCUACACGUUGGUGUCAUUUGACAUCUACCAAUAUAAUCUCCAACUAUAUAUAACAGUAUGGUUACUCUCAAAGUCAUUAAAACUUAUUAGAUGAUGUGUAUCCAAGACUUCUCAUGCUAAAGUUGUUUAUGCCCCAGAUAAUCCAUUUUAUUUGACCUUCCAGAAGAACCUGUGCAUGUAGGUUCGAGGAUGACAUUUCUCUUAAAACGUCGAUGCUUCAUAUGAAAUGAGUGAAGUUUUAUAUGCUUUUGUGAACUACAAAAAUAAAUAAAAUCACUUUCAGCUUU